AGGUUCCAUAAAGAGGCGGUCAUGUGGAGGCACCUUCGUCAUCCCAACAUUGUACCAUUUCUUGGUACCAAUAGGGAACUACUUGGGCUUUGUACAAUCAGUCCUUGGAUGGCUCGGGAUAACCUCAAGAAAUACUUAUUCGUGAUGGGGCAGAAGGCGGAUCGGCCUAAACUCGUCCUCGAGAUCGCAUUGGGACUGAGUUACUUGCACACUCGCAACGUGACACAUGGUGAUCUGAAAAGCCUCAAUGUUCUCAUCGACGUUGAACACCACGCCCUCCUUGCUGACUUUGGCAUGGCAUCAGUCAGAUAUAACGUAAAUAGUGUUCGCCAAACUGCCCCCGGGAAUGGUGUCCCGAGAGGUAGCGUACGCUGGAUGGCUCCCGAAUUGCUCGACCCUAUGCUGGGGGAGCUUGGCAAACAAGCAUGGCAAAGACUAAUCACUCCGAUUAUAGAUGUCUACGCCUUCGCCAUGGUUGUUUACGAGGUAUAUCUCUCAACAAAACGACCUCUCGGUGAAUAA